AUCAACAGUGCAAUGAACUAAAAUAUUUUAUGGACAAAACAACCAGUGAUGUUGUGUUUAUUGUCGACGGCAAUGAACUACCGGCCCAUAGCUAUCUAUUAUGUCAUAAAUCGGUAGUUUUUGAACAAUUAUUAUCAGAUAUCGGCGACCAUCGGGAGAUUGUCUUAGACCGAGACGACAAUAUUAACUAUCAAUCGUUCAAAGAUAUGCUACGAUUCAUAUACUGUGAACAUCAGUAUCAGUUGACUAAUGAGAAAAAUUUCUGGCUGGCCAUCAAUGUCUAUCUGUGCGCCCAUAAGUAUAAACUUGGCUACCUGUGCGAUCUGAUGGAGCAAAAAUUGAUAAGUCUAAGCAAUUUGGAUAAUAUUCAACAUAUCUAUAUGUUUGCCAAAAAAUAUCGAUUAAAUCAUUUUAUUAAAUCAUUUCACGGGACUAUUGAUACAAAAUUGGAUAAUAUAUUGGACCGCGGGUUGGAUACGGUUAAAAAGUUGAAUACAAUUACCGAUAACUAUCUACUGGAACAGGUAGUCAAACAAAAACAUAAGGAAAUACAGGAGCUGAGGGAACAGUUGAAUGAUAAGACAAUGAAAUUAAAUGAUUUGACUAAAAAAGUUAAAGAUAUUUGUCCAGAGAUUUUAAAAUCUGAAAAAUAA